AUAAAGGAGGAUCCGAAAACCGCGGGUAAAGCCGAGUUGAACAAGUGGAUAAGCUCAUCUGUUUCUCUCUACUCAACAACAAUGGAAGCUCUUGGUCAUGGGCUCCUACCCCUCGGUGCUCUUAGGACUUGUCAAAAAGAACAAAGGUGUCAACUUAUCGGUUCAAUUCAUUUUCUCAGCUCUCCAGUGCCAUCUACUCUAAAAUCAUGUGCAUCGUUUAAGUAUAGGAAUGACAUAAGGAUGCAAGCAGUGCAAGAAGAAUAUGAGUUGAAGCAAAUGAAAGAUAUGGCUGCGGCUAAAAAGAGAUGGGAUGCUCUGAUCAGGGAUGGGAAAGUUAAGGUUCUUACUCCCAGGGAAGCUGGUUAUGCAAUUCAACUCUUGAACAAAAUGCUGCUUGAUGUUCGUCCCUCUAUGGAGCGAAAGAAGGCAUGGGUAAAAGGCUCCACCUGGAUUCCAAUUUUUGAUGUUGAUACUAGUUUAGAACUUCGUACUCUUUCCUGGAAAGCAACAAACUUUUUGAUGGGAGGGUGGUGGAGUGGCGUCCCUGCUCUGUCUUACAACAAGCAGUUCUUAUCAAAUGUUGAGGAGAAAUUUGCCAAAGAUACAGAUCUUAUUGUGGCAUGCCAGAAGGGAUUGAGGUCCAUUGCGGCUUGUGAGGUGCUAUACAAUGGUGGUUACAACAACAUUUUCUGGGUUCAAGGUGGUUUAGAAGCUGCUGAAGAAGAGGAUCUUGAAAGAGAAGGUCCUCAACCAUUCAAGUUCGCAGGAAUUGGUGGUCUUUCAGAGUUCCUUGGUUGGACUGACCAACAGAGAGAUGCUGCUGUUAAAGAGGGUUGGGGUUACCGAUUGACUUUUUCUGCCCGAAUGGUUGGAUUAGUUCUUGGUGCUGAUGCCUUGUUUAUUGGAGCACAAAAAGUAGGGCAAUAUCUUCAGGUGUUAAGGUCUCACUGAGAUCGGUAGUUGGAGCGUGCAGCCACAAGGAAAUGUGUGAAGCGAUCCAUAGCAUCCUUUUUCUGAAGCAAGAGAACUGAGAUGAAAAUCCAUUCACAGGAGUAUCUCAGGGCCCGGUCUCCUGCACCCCACCUUUAAAUGCCUUGUAUUUCGUCGAAACAUUUUUUUAACUGAGGUCAUAUCAUGUAGGACAUGAUUUCUUGAUUGCCUUGUUAAUUUGUGUAAUGUGACUUCAAAAGCUGAUGAUUCUAAAUCUACAUUACUAUAGCUAGAUCCGGGAACAACAUUGAAUUAAACCACCAUCUUUCUAUUUUGUUUUCUUGCCCCCUAUUUCGCAUGAAAAUACAAUAGAUGAAUAGUCAUUUGGAUUAUUGAA